UAUGACAUACCUCAAGUUUUUACUACGGCUUUGCAAGGUCAGCAUAAUCACAGGAAAGAUCGCUUUUGUUUAGGAGGCAUUUCGAGCCGAUAUUCCUUCAGUUUGCUUCUAAAUGCCUUGAAAAAUUAUGAAAGACUUGUGUGAUUACUCUGGUAGACGGCAGAUAAGGAAUGCUAGAGUUUACUUAAGAAUCAGUCAUUAGGCUCCAAGCAUCAGCAAAGGAAACGAUGUUGAUCUUAACGCUACUACUAAUAACAGGAAUAUGUCCCCUAUAUGCUGAAGAAGAAGAAAAAGAGUCAUCUAAAGAGAGUUCUGAAGAAGCUACUAACCUUAUUGAGCCUGCAGCUCCAAACAUAAUUUUAAUAUUAGCUGAUGACUUGGGCUGGAAUGACGUCAGUUUUCAUGGUUCGCCACAGAUACCAACUCCCAACAUCGAUGCACUAGCAUCAUCGUCCAUAAUCUUAAACAAUUAUUACACUGAACCACUAUGUACUCCAUCAAGAGCAGCUUUACUAAGCGGACAAUAUCCGAUCCAUCUUGGUUUGCAACAUUCCAAUAUAAAAAGUGGAGAACCAACAGCUCUUCCAUUGAAUGUAACAAUAUUACCCGAAUAUCUCCAAAAGAAAGGCUAUGUCACGCACAUGGUUGGAAAAUGGCACUUAGGUUAUGCAAAAAAGGAUUAUACACCGCUCAGCCGAGGUUUCAACUCAUUUUUUGGAUUUUACAAUGAGAUGAUUGAUUACUACGACUAUACGAACUUAGAAAGACAAAAUGAUCAAAAGUCAUCGGUAUUCUACGGAGUUGAUCUUCAAGAUGGAUUAGAGACAGUAAAGAAUUUCAGAGGUCGCUAUGCUACAGAUGUGUUUGGUCAAAAAGCAGUUGAUAUAAUUGAAAACCACAAUGUAACAGAUCCUUUGUUCCUGUAUAUUUCUCAUUUAGCGUGUCAUGCUGGAAACGAGUACAUGCCAUUACAGGCUCCGGUCGAAACUGUAGCAAGAAAUUCUCAUAUAAAAGAUUUGAAAAGAAAAUUAUUUGCAGGUGUCGUCACAAGUUUAGACGACUCUGUUGGAAAGUUAGUAGACGCUUUGAAUCGAACAGGUAUGCUGCAAAAUUCAAUUAUUGUCUUUACUACCGAUAAUGGUGGAGAUGCUAGUGGUGAUGGGGUUGGAAAAGCUUCAAAUUUCCCUUUACGAGGUGAAAAAAAGAACGCUUGGGAAGGAGGUAUACGUGUGCCAUGUUUUAUAUGGAGCCCUCUAUUGGGAUUAAAAGAGCCCAGGACAUCAAAACAAUUGAUGCACGUCACCGAUUGGCUACCAACAUUAUACACUGCUGCAGGUGGAGAUAUAUCUGACCUUGGAACUAUAGACGGUUACAACAUGUGGAAAGUGUUAAUCAAUUACUCUCCUUCUCCCAGACUCGAAAUCCUUCAUAACAUUGAUCCAAUAUGGAACAUGGCCGCUUUAAGGAGAGGUGAUUACAAACUCAUAAAAGGCUCAGCUCCAGGGGGUGGUGAUUUAUGGUACGGAUCGUCUGGAUUGGAAGAUAUGGAUCCACCUUCUUCAAUGGAUGAUUGGGUUUUUAAAAAUAACAGUAUUGUGAAGAAAAUACUCGAAGAAGUAAAUUUAUGGUUACCCAGUGUUCCUGACUUGUGGCGAAUCAACGCAACCAUUCAAUGCCAAAUUACUCCUCCUUCUGAUAAUGGUGGAUGUGAUCCAGCUACAUCACCCUGCCUUUUUAAUGUAGCUGCGGACCCUUGCGAGUACAAUAACUUGGCUCAACGCUAUCCUAGAAUCGUUCGGUCAAUGACGGCAAUUUUAAAUAGGUACAAUGCAUCUGCCAUGACACCUUUGUCUACAGUAAGUGAUCUCCGUGCAGAUCCUAGAUGUCAUGGAUUUGCGUAUGUGCCAUGGAUGGAUGAACCAUUUUCACUCGAUUACUGUCCGUAUGCUUGAUGCCCUAAAAUCUAAAUGCAUUGUACUAUCUAUUUAUGUUAUCAUUCUCUUUCAAAUAAAUAUAUCAUUCA